AUGACAGAAACAGGACCAGGCACGGGUACAGGUGGAGGUACGGCCACAGAUUCGUUCCCUUCGAUAACUCGAGAGUAUACCUAUACGGACCACACCUCAACAACUAAAGCACCGGUAGUGGUACAAGGUACAACAAGGAGAAUCAUUGAACAGAGUUCUGAAUUAUUUGGUAACUUCAGUUUUUGCGUAUUAAGUGGAUCAUUGAAGGAAGGCCAAACAGUACAUCAAUUGAAAUACAUUAUCACAGAAAAUGGAGGCGAAAUCGUUGAAAAUCCUAUACCAACCGAUUCAAGGUGCAUAUGUGUCGCUGGCGACAUAACACAUCGCAUAGACAAAAUGAUAAAAACCAAUCGUUAUAAUAUAGUCUCCAUACUGUGGCUUUUAAGAACUACUAAAGCACAAGAAAUGACAUUCAGGCCAAAAGAUAUGAUAUGUGCAACUGAUGAAGUGAGAGAACAGUUUAAAACCAUGUUUGAUAAAUAUGGUGAUUCAUAUACUGAAUUUGUUGGCCCGAAUGAGUUAAAGGAACUUUUCGAUGAGAUAUCCUUAGAAGAGUUGAACUCUUUCGAAUUAACUGAUGAGGCUGUAGAAGAGUUGGAAAAUGAAUUGUAUAAAAAGAAAUCACCAUAUUACUUUCGUAAUCAUAAAGCGUAUUUCUAUAGCAAUGAGUUAAGUUCGCAGAUUGCGAAAUAUAAAUUUCAAUUACAUGGAGGAAUUGUAGAAAACAUAAACGCACAAACUGAGACGGCUGGUAUUGAGUAUAUAUUUAUAGAUGAGGUUAGUUUCAAUAAAGCUGACUUUAAGGAUUGGUUAAAGAAGGUUUUUAAAAGUAGUUCUGACUAUUUACAUAUAGUUAAAGUUGAUUGGGUUUUGCAAUCACACAGUAAGAAAACUAAACUCGAUGUUUUUGACUUCACUUGGCAUGACUUUUCUUAAGGACAAAUGUUUUUACUUUUGUGUCUCAUUAUAUGUUUAAAUAUUUGUAUUAGUGGGU